CCUGUCCCAGACCCCUUGCGCUGUCUGAUUGAAGGAAACGGCAUUAGCGACCUGCAUUUGGCUGUGGAGCGUCCGAGACACACGCUCGCACUGUUGAAUGGAGCAGCUGCGGCGGAGUGCAUUGUACCUGGUACUGCCAGUGACUUGUCUGGUGCCGCCAGGGAACCGUCUCUGCCGAUGUCGACAACCAAAGGAAUCGAGUUGGAUCAGCGCCGGCUCGAUCGGGGCAUUGGGUCCUGCUGGCAUGCCAUCGCACUCACAUCUGGUCGAUAAAUGCAUUUCCGAGCUGGCGCACAGCAUGAAGCUGCUGCAGCGCUCCUGCGAUGGACGCUGCCGACAGAUCCUCCCGCUUGAGCGAUGCCAUGGCUGGAUCAGACGAGCGGAUCGGCCGAGCGAGCUGGACAAGCAAAGGAGCAGGCAACCAGCCGGCCAAUCGGCGGCGGAAUGGACAUCGGUGCAGUCACGUGGUGCUGCCGCCAGCACAUUGGUUUGCCGCCCAGAGCGCAAACCCGAACCUGGCCCCGAGCAAGACUGCCGAUCUCCCGCAAGCAAAGCCAGCAACAGUCCCGGCCCGCAGCUCUAAAGGACAAGCGCAUAUCGAGAUGGGAAAGCUGUGUCAACUCGUGAUGGGGCCCGCCGGCAGCGGCAAGGUAGAUAUCGGACGGAAUCCAUCGAUUGAGUAGAUGGAUCCAAGCUGCUUUUCAAGGCGGAAGGCGCAGAUGGCCAAGCACCUCUCCG